GUGGUCCAGACUCUGUUACACUCAAUCCUUCACCAUCUGCAUCUGUAGCAGAAGGAUUCAGUCUGACUGUGACGUGUGCUGCUACUGGUUGUAAUCCACCAUGUUCCUAUGCCUGGACUCGGGGAAAUCAGCAGAUCUCAUCAACCUCUCAGUUAAAACUGACAAACAUCAACAGGAGUCAGACAGAGAAUGUGUACACGUGUACAGCAACCAACUCACUUAUACCAAAGUCUGAAACUAAACAGUUCACACUGACAGUGUACUAUGGCCCAGACAGUGUCCAGCUGAACACCACUUCUCCACUGACAGUGAAGGAAGGUGAAGAUGUAGCUGUGUCAUGUGAAGCGACUAACUGUUCUCCAUCCUGUUCUUUUAAAUGGAUGUUUAAAUCUCAGAGUAAAUCAACCAGCUCUGUGCUGUCAUUAAAUAACAUACAGAGAUCAGCAGCUGGUGACUACACGUGUACUGCUAGAAACACAAACACACAGAAAUCAUUAGACAAGACCAUUACUCUGGAUGUGCAGUAUGAUUACACUCCACCAAUAUUCGAUAUUGCCCAGGAAGAAAGCAUUCUUGAAUUGAGGUCAAACCAAGAAGAAACAGACAGUAGGGUUGUUCUCUACUGCAUCUAUGCUGCAGAACAGGGAUACCAGUAUGCAAGGGUCAGGAGUUCAGACAGUGACAUAUUCUGGAUCUUUCUCUAUCAUACCAGGGAAAUAGACAUUACUAUCCUCUUCGAUACAGGUCAUGGCAACAAGAAUCACCGUAUUAACAUUACAAAUCUUUCUAAAAACUGA